AUGUGUGGCGGCCUGAUCCAGGCUGACAGCUCACACAGCCGUGAAAACUCUGGAGACAAACGGGAGGUGGAUGGGAGCUGGAGCAUCGACUACUGCACAGGUGUGCGCUACAGUUGUGGCGGGUGGGCGGCGAGUGGAGACACGGGGCUGAGGCUGGGGCUGGCGGGGAGGGGAGAGAGAGAGUUUUUGAGGGCCCCUUCUGAGUUGAACGAUGAUACACGAUGUCGGCUGCGGACAGAGCGCUGUGACCACACUCGCCAGGGAGCGGGGCCGGCUUUGAUUGCCAUCGCUGGUGAAGCUGCAGGAGGCUAUGCAGGCAACGUACAUGUGGAUGUAGACACAGCAGAGCAGGCAGCGCUGUCCAUCCCGGCAAUACUCGCCACAGGAGCCCGAGAAAUAAUCAACCACUUUCCAAAAUUUCUUCUUGAUCAACAGAAGACCAUGGCUCCUCUACGAUCGUUCAUCAGGACAGCGGGAACUGCACAAGAGGGCCAGCCGUCACUGCUUCUCUCCGGCUCUCUGGCAGCGGGAGGCAGCUGCCUGGGCUUCCUGGUCCUAGCAUUCCUCUGCAACCAGUGCCAAAGAAAGAACAAAGAAGGGAAAUCCGGGAGGGACGGUGUGAAGCUGGUUGGUUUGUCCGUAGGUUCAACACCACAACUUCGACCCGUUAGUCUACCUGAAGCCGGAGUUCGUGAUCCCAACAGACUGUUCAGCAGUGGCGAUAAUGGACGGAGAAGCUGGCCGGCGAGCGUGGACUGUCUCCGACCAUCGGGGACCGAGCUCUCGGAGGAGUUCUCCGAAAACUGCAGGGUCCCUCAGCUCAGGGAACUGCCGAAUGCUCCUGGAAGUAACUACACUGCAGGGAAGUUGGUUCAUUCGAGAAAGGUGCACGAUACGCACUUCGCCCGCCCCCAGGUCACGAAAUACACUCGUCCACACAGCGCCGUCGAAGACUCCUUGUACGAGAGCGUUGGAUCCAAUUAUGAGCCCGUUGCCACUGAGCGCCAGUCCAAACCCAGGUACGGGCCAAACGGACGAGAAUGGGCCGCGCCAACUCGAACACAGCAAGGUUCAAAGGAACCGGCGCCCAACAUGGACACACCAGAGUAUGCCUCCAUUCGGAAGGCAAAGAGGAAGGAAAAUAAUCUAAAUCGGCAAGAAAAACCAUUCAGAAGAGAUAUAAAGAAUGGUUGCGUGUUGGUGCCUGGGUCAAGAAUCUGUGGCGAAGAGUCAAGAAUUACGGAAAAUUAUGCCGAUUUUUCACAGGCAGAGAAUUUCAACUGGAGGAUGCAAGGCAGACAGCGAUCGAUAACCGACCCAGAUGUCAUGAAUUCAAUGGGGAGAGCGGCUUGUGGGAGUCAAACGGAGGAACAAGUGUACACCAAUAAUGUCAAGGGAGAAAACAAGUUUGUCAGUAAAUCCCAUGAAAAGCUUCAAUCAAUGACUGAUGCAGAGAUUGCAGGAAUGUACUCCAAGGUGGCAAAGAAAGCCUUCAGGAAGGGGACGCCAUCGCCGCUAAAUAUGGGUCAUCGCGAAGACAUUCCAAAGUUCUACUCCCGGUCGACAGGGAAUAUCAAUGAAGAGGAGCCUGAUUACGAAUCAAUUAAGAGCCCACACUGGCACACUGGCAGUCAGAUCCUGGGCGAGAAACCCUGUUACACCCCGGUGAAGGAAAGGAGGUGGCCGGUGAAACUACAGGAGAGGAGCCAGGAUGAGGAAAUGGCAGAACCGGGUUACGAAGCGAUUGAUCUGAAGUGGAAGAGAAUCGUUAUUGCGGUCGGCGCAAACCGAGCAUUGAACCGUGCCGCAGAGAGACAGACGGAAAACUAUUACGAAAGUAUCAGUGAACUGCAGCAGAGCCGUGCGUGUACAUCUGAUGGUGGCAGAGAGCACUUUAUUACAGGUCUCUAGGGCGGAGGUUGGCAACUACGGCCCAGGGACCAGUUCCGGCCCGUAACCCAAAACCAUCCGGCCAGCAGGCGCAUUGUUUUUCAAUUAGUUUUCGUGAGCUGGGAACUGUAGCCAGUUUCGGGGAACGCAGGCGAGCUGGGCGCUACAACCAAUGUAUUAACUAUGGCGAUAGAUGUGGCCCGCCAUCCACUCACAAACAUGGGUCCUGGCCCCAAUGCAGAAAAGGUUGCCCACCCUACUUACACGCCCCGUCAACUCUACUCCGCCAUUCCAUCAUGGCUGAUCUAACUUUCCUCCUCAACCCCAUUCUCCUGCCUCCUCCCCAUAAUCCCUGACACCCGGACUAGUCAAGAGUCUGUCUAUCUCUGCCUUAAAGAUAUCCACUGACUUGGCCUCCACAGCCGUCUGCGGCAAUGAAUUCCACAGAUUCACCACCCUCUGACUAAAGAAAUUCCUGCUCAUCUCCUUCCUAAAGGAACAUCCUUUUAUUCUGCAGCUGUGACCUCUGUUUUUUUGUGAGGAUGGGGAGAUCAUAAAGCACUGACACAGUACCAGCGAUAUUAUUACCUAGAAGACAACUUGUGUCCGUCCCUGCUACAUUUAAACGUUUCACCAUGGAUUUACGCCAUUCAUAUUUGAUCCAAGGUGAUGCAAGAGAAGGCCGGAUUAUUUUUAAUUGAUUGACAGAUUCAACAUGGAAACAUUGAAUUGGAGAUCAAAUUAUAUUUUAUUGACCAAACUGAGAUAUUUUGGUGAAGAAGUCUAAAUGACACAGUGCGAUGUAAUUUGAGCGUUUCGGUGAAGGUUUCACCUUCUGAGAAGUCCUUUUGAUUUGAAGUGGAGAGAGCAUAAUCAUUUUGCUAUACAAUAAUCAAUAAGCUUUGAGUCAUAGAUUCAUAGAAUGAUAACAGGCCCUUCAGCCCAACUCGCCCACACUGGCCAACAUGUCCCAGCUACACUAGUCCCACUUGCCUGCGCUUGGUCCAUAUCCCUCCAAACCUGUCCUGUCCAUGUACCUGUCUAACUAUUCCUUAAACGACGGGAUAGUCCCAGCCUCAACUACCUCCUCUGGUAGCUUGGUCCAUACACCCACCACCCUUUGUAUGAAAAAGUUACCCCUCAGAUACCUAUUAAAUCUUUUACCUUUCACCUUGAACCUUUCAAGAGAGAUCUAGAUAGGGCUCUUAAAAAUAGCAGAGUCAGGGGAUAUGGGGGGAAGGCAGGAACGGGGUACUGAUUGGGGAUGAUCAGCCAUGUUCACAUUGAAUGGAGGUGCUGGCUCGAAGGGCCAAAUGGCCUACUCCUGCAACUAUUGCCUAUUGUCUAUUGAACCUAUGCCCUCUGGCCCUCGAUUCCUCUACUCUGGGCAAAAGACUGUGAUUCUACCCGAUCUAUUUGUCUCAUGAUUUUGUAUAUCCCAAUAAGAUCUCCCCUCAUCCUCCUGUGCUCCAUGGAAUAGAGACCCAGCCUACUCAACCUCUCCCAGUAGCUCACACCCUCUAGUCCUGGCAACAUCCUCGUAAAUCUUUUCUGAACCCUUUCAAGGUUGACAUUAUCUUUCCUAUAACAUGAUGUCCAGAAUUGAACACAAUAUUCUAAAUGCGGUCUCACCAACGUCUUAUACAACUGCAACAUGACCUCCCAACUUCUAUACUCAAUACUCUGACUAAUGAAGGCCAAAGUGCCAAAAGCCUUCUUGACCACCUUAUCUACCUGCGACCCGACCUUCAGGGAACCAUGCACCUGUACUCCUAGAUCCCUCUGCUCUACAACACUCCCCAGAGGCCGACCAUUUACUGAAGAAGGAUUUUAACCCAAAACAUCAUCUAAUCCUUUUCUCCAGAGAUGCUGCCUGACCGGCUGAGUUACUGCAGCAUUUUGUGUCUAUCUUCAGCAUAACAAUUUUGUUCCAGUCAGGCAGGUACGUUUAAAGGAACUGCAGAUUUUGGUUUACAAAAAAAGACACAAAGUGCUGGAGUAACUCAGAGCAUCAGGCAGCAUCAGCGGAGAACAUGGCAAAGUGGAAAACAUGGAUCCAUUACCUUCGUAGCAAGCAACUAAAACUUUUUGCUGUACCUCGCCACACGUGACAAUAAAUUAAACCAUGUUCUCCAGAGAUGCUUUCUGACUCUCUGAGUUACUCCAGCACUUUGUGCCUUUUUUGUAAACCAGCCAUCUGCAGUUCCUUGUUCCUACAUUCCUCCAACAUUGACACUGAGGUGCAGGGGGACAACACUUCUGUUUAGGAGGGAACUUCGAAUCCAACUUCCCUCUAGUUGCUACAAGAGAUCCCCAGCACAAGAGACAAUAGACAACAGGUGCAGGAGUAGGCCAUUCGGCCCUUCGAGUCACCAC